AUGUCGUCUCAAAGUGUUGAAUACAAGAGCCAGCAAGUCGAUGGGUCAUACCCACCUCACCAGAAUCAGACACAAGAUGCUUAUACCCCAGAGCAGCGCUAUGCCUAUGGCCAGCCCCAAUUUAGCCACAGCCAACAGGGCACGCCCUCGCACUAUAGUCAAGAAGGUCACUUUAAUCACUCUCCUUCCCCAUAUGCGCAUCAGCAGCCGCCACUCUACGGCGAGAAUGCCUCCUACUACCACGAUGCUCUUCCCAGUGACCAGCUGCCUCCCGGUGCCGAGGACCCCAACGGCGAGAAAGGGAUCGGGUCGACCGUUGUUGGUGGAGCUGCUGGAGGCUACGCUGCCCAUCAGAUGAGUGGAGGAGGAAAACUGGCUACUGUCGGAGGCGCGUUGCUGGGAGCUGUGGCUGGCCCGAUGCCUGGGACAACCACGGUCACCACCACUACCACUAACAGUAACGGUCUUGGUGUUGGAGGAGGACUCCUGGUGGGGGUCUUCUCGGUGGGGGCCCGGCUGGUCGCCAUGCUCACCGUCGUCUUGUUCGCCUCGGUUACUAAGGUCCAGCACGUCUCGCUGCGCCAGUCAGCGGUGUCAUUUUUCCGAUUUGGAAAACACGGGUUGAACUACUGCGUUAAUUUAUGA